AUGGCGGCGAUAAAACUGUGUUACAGACAAUCGAUAAGUGACGUUGUUGUUUUUAUAAAUAUUAAAAAAUAAGCUAUCUGCAUCCUCAAAAAUGGGCAUUUCGACGGCUAUCCUGCGCAACCAGUUGAUGAGCCUGAUCAACUUCACCGGCACACACAAGGACCAGGCGGACAAGUACCGCCAGCUUCUGAAGACCGUCCUGUCGAACACCGGACAAGAAUUGAUCGAUGCGUUGAGGCUCUUUGUUGAGGCGAUUGUCAAUGAACAUGUCAGCCUGGUUAUCUCGCGCCAGAUCCUCAACGACGUGGGCGUGGAGCUGAGCAAGCUGCCCGAUGAUCUCUCUAAGCAGUUGUCGCACUUCACACUGGAAAAGGUCCAUCCACGCGUCAUUUCGUUUGAGGAACAGGUUGCCGGCAUCCGCUUUCAUUUGGCGAACAUCUACGAGCGGAACCAGCAGUGGCGCGACGCUGCCACGGUGCUAGUCGGCAUACCCUUGGAGACUGGCCAAAAGCAAUAUUCCACCGAGUGCAAAUUGGGCACCUACUUGAAGAUAGCCCGACUCUACCUGGAGGACAAUGACUCUGUGCAGGCCGAGUUGUUCAUUAAUCGAGCCUCGCUGCUGCAGGCCGAGACCAACUCCGAGGAACUCCAGGUGCUGUAUAAGGUUUGCUAUGCUCGGGUGCUCGACUACCGGCGCAAGUUUAUUGAGGCUGCCCAACGCUACAACGAGCUCUCCUACCGCAAAAUCGUCGACCAGGGCGAGCGCAUGACGGCGCUGAAGAAGGCGCUCAUCUGCACCGUCCUGGCCUCGGCCGGACAGCAGCGCUCCCGCAUGCUGGCCACACUCUUCAAGGAUGAGCGCUGCCAGCACCUGCCCGCCUACGGCAUCCUAGAGAAGAUGUACUUGGAGCGCAUCAUUCGACGCUCGGAGCUGCAGGAGUUUGAGGCACUGCUGCAGGAGCACCAGAAGGCAGCCACCCCCGAUGGCUCGUCCAUUCUGGAUCGCGCUGUCUUCGAGCACAACUUGCUGUCGGCCAGCAAGCUGUACAACAACAUAACCUUUGAGGAGUUGGGUGCCCUGCUGGACAUACCGGCGGCCAAGGCGGAGAAAAUCGCAUCCCAGAUGAUCACCGAGGGUCGCAUGAACGGGCACAUCGACCAGAUCUCUGGUAUUGUCCAUUUCGAGAAUCGCGAGCUACUGCCACAAUGGGAUCGCCAAAUCCAAUCGCUCUGCUAUCAAGUCAAUUCCAUUAUAGAGAAGAUCGGCGUCGCCGAGCCCGAUUGGCUUGAUAAACUGAACUGAAAGAGAUUCCUGUUAUCUAGCUCUCGCCACUGAAAUUCUCCACUUCAUCAUCAUCAAGGUGGAAACACCAAGAAGAAUACCCGAACUGAACCCACACCAAACCGAAACCCAAUCCAUGCAAGCGAAGCAUUUCAGAAUAAUUUCACCUGCGCUGCGAUAGAUUUCAUUUUUAAUUUACGAAAUAAAUGAAAUUAUGUACAUUAUCGAUCCUGUGGACUCGAGAUCCUGUGUGCGAUGAAAAAGAAAACCACAGCCAACCACAA